AUGUUUAUUCGGUUUCCACAGCUUGCAAAAAGACCAUAUUUUAUUAGGCCCAUAAUGACACCCAAACCUUCACAAUUCUACCUCGAAAGGCUCAAAAAUAAAGGUAUCGAAACCGACAACAGGAAACUACUAGUUUUAGAUUUGAACGGAACGCUAUUAAGUAGACCUAUAAAAGACCGUUCACAUACGUCCGUGAGUAGUGCUUCUUCUACAGCAAUUCCACGUCCAGGUGUUAAAAAUUUUUUGAAAUAUGCGUUCUCAAACUAUUCUGUUAUGGUCUAUAGCUCUUCUAGGCGCGAUAACGUUAAUGCGAUGCUAAAUUGUAUCAUGACUUCUGAACAGAUCAAGUCUCUAACGGCCUGUUGGACUCGCGAAAAUAUGGGUUUAAGUACAGCUCAUUUCAACAGCAAAGUGCAAACAUUUAAAAACUUAGAUGCAAUUUGGGAAAAUCUUAAAACAGAUGGAAACGGAAAAGCUGCCAACUGGUCUCAGUAUAAUACGGUCAUUAUUGACGACUCAGAAGUGAAGUGUGCUGCUCAUCCAUUUAAUCAUAUCCAUGUUUCGGACUUUUCUCAUUCAACCGUUGAUUAUCGAAAGGAUUUUAUGUUGGUUUGUGCCGUUCGCUAUUUAAAACACUUGAAAGACAUUCCGAAUGUUAGUAACUACAUAUUUCAGCAUCCUUUCCGUUUGAAUUAUAAUCUGUCGCAAGAUGAGAAUCUGAAAUGUUUAGAUCAAGCUAUCGAAAAUUACAAACAAGAUUCCGGUACCGUUAAGCAAGCGGAAGGGCAGAUUGAUUAA